AUGAAAUCCUCUUUGAUAGCCUGUCUAUUACUCAGUGUCUUGAGUGUUGAGAUCACUAUGAACGAUGCAAUAACAACUCAAGCACUAGAAAAAUUGAAGGAAUCUUCAUGGGCCUCAUUUAUAGUUGAGUUCGCCUAAGUUGAAUUAUCAACUGGUGGAGCCCUGUCUGAAUUAGUAGAAACCAUCAACCAAUUGAUCGAUCAAUUGCAAGAAGAACUCUAAGAUAUCCAUGAUACAUACUCAAGGAGAACAGAUGAACACAAUCGUGAUGUGACCAGACUUGAAUAAGAAAUCCAAGAUGCCGCUAAAGAUAUCUUUACUGGAUAAGACUUCAUUGACAAUGUUCUCAUCCCUUAAAAGGAGAGAUUCCAAUAAUCUUUGGCUUAAUUGAAAAUUAACAUUGAAGAAAACAGAAGAAUAUUGGAUGGAGAACAUUUGAAUAGAAAGAGAUAACAUGAAUAAUUCUUGUCUAAUAUUGCUGAAUUAAAUGAAGCUAUUGGUGCAGUCGAUGAAUCACUUGGGUUAUUGUCUUAAAUCUCUAAUCCAUAACUUAUUUAAUUCAAGAGAGUUUAGACCAAUUUAGGCAGAAUUCAAACAUCCUUUUAGAAUCGCUCCUCUUUCGCUCCAAUCAUAAAAGCUCUACUUGAACUAGCCACUGAAUAAAAUUUCACAGAUUAAGGUUCAGUGUAAUAACUGGUCAAAAUUUUCAACGAGUUAAGAGUGCAAUUUGUAGAUUCUCUUAAUUAAGAAACUGCAGACGAGAGCCAAGCAGAGACUAAGUACGCUGAUAGAGUUGCUUAAUUAGAAAAAGAAUUUGCAGAGUUCUAAAGAUCAGUUUUAUUAAAAAAUUCUGAAUUGGCUGCUAAUGAAUAAAAAUUCGGAGAAACCAUCGUCUAUGUAGGAUAACGAAAAGAUGACAAAGAGACUCUUGAAGCUCAAUUGUAAGCAGAAAAUGAUAAUUAUGCUGCUGAAACAGAUUUGUACACAAGAACUGUUACUGAAUAUAACAAGGAAAUUGAAAUCAGUAAGCAAGCCUAUGGUUUACUUACUUAACCAAGUUUCGAAUCUUAUGUUCGAUCAACAGUUGGAAUUUGA